UAGUAGCUUUUAACUACUGCCUCAGUAUGGAACAAGUGGAGUCUUCUGUACGGGAUAAAAUCAAAAUCAAAUUAAUACCUGCACAAACUGCCGAAGAACGUAAACGUAAUAUUAUAGCCAAUGUCGUAGUGGUGGAAGAUGUUGCCAACGGAGAUGGAUCUGGACUGAUGCCGUACAUUGAUGAAGUGGUAACAGCCACUAAUGUAAAUCAAUUGCAAAACACACAAGGAAAGAAUGAAAAACCCCGUCUACGUUAUUAUGCUGUCGGUCCAUCAACAUAUCGCAUUAAGUGCCCCCUGUGUCGUCAGCGUGCGGAUGCGGCGGUGGUGCGUGCAGCUGGCUAUAAAGAUGCCACUUGUUGUUUAUCGAUGUUGUCGUGUGUCUUUCCUCUAUUUUGGAUCUGUUGCAUAUGCACUUGGUGUGGCUGCAAUCGUGAAUGGACUACAAAGGGCCUGUACUGUAGUGAGUGUGGUGGCAAAUUGGGAAUACAAAGAAAACCUAAAUAGUUGUAAUUUAUUUUUAGAUUUUAGUGGGAAAAUAUAUCAAUGAAAAUUAUGCUAAAACUGUUUGUCAGACAAAAGAAAAAUAUGUAUUAUAAUGAAAUAAAAACGAUUCUAUUGAAAUGCAAUUGCUUAAAGUAAAAAUGUUGUGGCAUUUAAAUUUUUGUUGAAAUUAGAACAAAUUUUAAAUAAAAUUUGCAGUUAUACAAACAUUAUUUAUAAAUGAAAAUAAAAAAACA